CUUCCUAUAAAACCAAAACAAACAAACAAAGUUUUCAGAGAGAUAGUGUGACUUAAUCAGCACCAAAACAAUAGAGUUUAGGUACUGUAAAGACUAAUAACUUCAUUAUUUAAUCAAUAUAGGCCACAGACCAUUUCUUUAGAUGGAAUUGAUUAGAUUCAAUUCAUCAUGCUUACCUGAAACUGGUGUACCAGAUGGCCUUCCAUUGUUCCUCUGCUGCUUGCAUUUCUCCUCUUCAGUGCUAUCAGUACAGUCUUAUUUUUUUUAGAUCUGUGUGCUGAUUGGGAUUGCCCAUGCCUUAGUCAUCUACCGGGUUGUGGCGACAAUAAUCUUUACUCAGUCUAACUCAGAAUUCCUUCAAGAGCGAGCCACUACGGUGGCAGUCCUGACAGGUGCAGUGUUGCACUACUUGAGCAUCGUCAUUAUGAACAAGGUGAACAGGCAUGUUGCACUGUUUCUCUGUGAUCUAGAGAAACCAAGAUCAUUCAGCGAGCAAGAGAAAAACUAUACAAUUAAAGUCUUCACCUUCCAGUUCUUCACCCAUUUCUCUUCUCUGAUCUACAUUGCUUUCUUCCUAGGGAGGAUUAAUGGCCGUCCAGGGUCUUAUGUACGUGUGGCUGGCAAAUGGAGACUGGAAGAAUGUCAUCCUAGCGGCUGCAUUACAGACCUUUUCAUUCAGAUGGCUGUCAUUAUGAUAUUAAAGCAAACCUUGAGCAACCUUGUGGAGUACCUGCUUCCCUGGAUAACCUACAAGUGCCGUCUGCUGUGCAAAAAGCCCCCAAGGAUUAACAUGGAACAGAUGUCCCAGGACCUGUGCAAGGAGGAAUGGUUAUGGAACUAUCGGCUCAAUGAAGUCAAUGCCUUCACUUUGUUUGAUGAAUAUAUGGAGAUGAGUAAGUGAAAUUCAGUGGAAAGGCUCACACGAUGCUGAAUUAUAAGGCUCAGCAAAGAUGGAAUUCAGCAACCUGCCAGGGUGGUCCCACUAGGAUUAGAGCACUGGCUGUUUUGUCAGUCAAGUCUAUGUGAGGUUUUGAGGAAUGUGAAAAUGGAAUACUAUAGCAGUAUUGUUGCAUUGCCUUCAGUUCCUCUUACCACCAAUUAUUUGAAAGAAAUAUGUUCUUGAUCACAGCGAGAAUGUUAACAUCUGAAUCCAAUUUGUAUAUCCUCCGUGCAGUUAAGAAAAGCAAUGGAAACUUUCCAACAGUAUUGGAUGCUAAUUUCCCCAACUGUUUUGCCAUGGGGCAAACUUAGUUGAGGCUGAUAGAACCUGAAAUACUAAACUUCUGAAUGGCACAGAUUGCUGUUGUUUCAAGAAAAGCUAAAUUCUGAAAAAUUCUCCUGAUUUGCCAAUUGCACAUAAUAUUCUAUUCAUGCCGGCCAAUUCUGGUAACUGUGUUUAGAGUUCUUUUGGGUAGUUGACACCCACUUCUGGUUAAUUUGAAUCUUCAUAUAAAGUCUUACAUCUCACUAUCUUUGAUAUUUUUCUUAAACUACUUUCAGGUUACAAUGCUCAUUUCUUCGUUUUUGGUGAUUAUAGCAAUUCUUAUAUCCUGAAGGUUGAUUUUGUAAAUUUUUUACACUAGGAAAUGGUCCCAUCUACUGUUCAUUUUGUGACAUUUUUUUAGUGACAUGUUGAAUAUUAAUGAACAUUCUCUGAGUUGUGUUGUGGUUAAAUACAGUGGUACCUCUAGUUACGAACUUAAUCC